UUUUUGUUCUUCUUCGUUUUGUUUAAUCCAAUAUGAUUUUUAAAUGUUUGAAUAAAAAACAUUUCAAUUAUAACAUGUUUCCAUGUUUUCUAGUCAUCAUAAUGAUUAUGCCAAUCAAUUUUCUGGAUGCAGAUCCAGAAAUGUUAUUAACAUCAACAACAACAACAGAUCAACAACAAUCACGUGAUUCACCAUUAUUACGAAGUAGAAAACGUAUUUCCGAUCAUUCGAUAGAAAAUUUAAGAAAUGAAAAUAUUGGUAGCAGUUUAAUAAUGGUUCCAAUGGUUAAUAUUCAAAAUAAUAAUCAGGAUUUAAUUACGGAUCGUGUACGAAUGAGUUUAGAAUGUCGACCAAAAUCAAUGUUAAUGUCGAUGAAUUUUUCCGAACCAUUUCGUGGUGUUGUUAGUGUAGGAAAAAGUACCUAUAAUUCCUUUGAACAAAAUCAAGAAUGUGCAUUACGUGGUGAUGGACGUCAUAUAUAUUCAUUACAAAUUUUUCAUAAUCGUUGUCUAACACGAUUUGAUAAAAAACAUGGCCAAUUUAUAAAUACAUUGUUUGUACGUUAUCAUCCAACAUUGGAAACUGGUGGUGAUUAUUCAAAAACAUUAUUAUGUAAAUUUAGUCUUGCUAAUUUUAGUGUUAAUUAAUUAUAAUUUAACUUUUAUAAAUAAAAUUUUCAAU